GCUGCAGAGAUUGCUACGGACGCCAGCAAAACGUCGGCCGAAAUGGCAACCGAGGGGGAAAAACAUCUGGGAGGAAGAUUGACUGGAAGCAUGGAUCCCAUCUUGGAGAUCCUCAACUCCUCCAUUGCCGUUGACCAGAGACUGUCUGAAGUUGAUAUCCAGGCGAGCAUGGCUUAUGCCAAAGCCUUGGAGAAGGCUAGCAUCCUCACUAAACCUGAGCUGGAGAAGAUCCUGAGUGGCCUGGAAAAGAUCUCCGAGGAGUGGUCUAAAGGAGUCUUUGUGGUGAACAAAAGUGAUGAGGAUAUCCACACUGCCAACGAACGCAGACUGAAGGAGCUGAUUGGAGAUAUUGCUGGAAAGUUGCAGACUGGAAGAAGCAGAAAUGAUCAGGUUGUGACUGACUUAAAGCUGUUCAUGAAGAACUCCGUCUCUGUGCUCUCCACUCACCUGCUGCAGCUCAUUAAGACCCUGGUGGAACGUGCUGCCAUAGAAAUUGAUGUUAUCCUCCCUGGCUACACUCACCUGCAAAAAGCUCAGCCCAUCAGAUGGAGCCAGUUCUUGCUCAGCCAUGCCGUUGCACUGACCCGUGACUCCGAGCGCCUGGGAGAGAUAAAGAAGAGGAUGAAUGUCUUGCCCUUGGGAAGCGGUGUUCUGGCUGGCAACCCACUGGAUAUCGAUAGAGAGCUGCUGCGCAGCGAGCUGGACUUUGCUUCCAUCAGCCUGAACAGCAUGGAUGCCAUCAGCGAGAGAGACUCUGUGGUGGAACUCCUCUUUGUUGCCACCCUGCUGAUGACCCACCUUAGCAGGCUGGCUGAAGAUCUCAUCAUCUACAGUACCAGCGAGUUUGGCUUUCUGACCCUCUCCGAAGCCUUCAUUGCUAGCAGCAGCCUGAUGCCUCAGAAGAAGAACCCCAUUAGUUUGGAACUGAUCCGCAGCAAGACUGGACGUGUGUUUGGACGGUGUGCCUCUAUUCUCAUGGUUCUCAAAGGACUUCCAAGCACCUACAACAAGGAUCUGCAGGAGGACAAGGAGGCAGUCUUUGAUGUGGUGGAUACCCUGACUGCUGUGCUCCAGGUUGCCACUGGAGUCAUUUCUACCCUCCAGAUCAACAAGGAGAAUAUGGAGAAAGCUUUGACCCCUGAAAUGCUGUCCACUGACCUGGCUCUCUACUUGGUUCGUAAAGGAGUGAGGAUCAGUCUGGGUCAACAAACGCGAGAGCUGGAAACCCAUUCUUUACAUGUAUCCCAAGUAGUGGAACUGCUGCCAGGUGGACUUGAUAGUAAUUUACAGAUGCCAUUCAGACAAGCCCUCACUGCCUCUGGAAAGGCUAUCCACCUUGCUGAGACUAAGGGCAUCACCAUCAAUAAUCUCACCCUGGAAGACCUGAAGAGCAUCAGCCCCCUCUUUGCCAGCGACGUGUCCCAGGUCUUCAGCUUCAUCAACAGUGUGGAGCAGUACACGGCCGUGGGAGGUACCGCCAAGAGCAGCGUGACUGCCCAGAUCGAGGAGCUGAGGGAGCUGCUGAAGAAGCUGAAGGAACAAGCUUAGAGUGUGGGGAGAUAUCCCGUGUGUGCAGCUUUGUGCUUAUCACACUGAUCUGGAGUUAAUAAACGCCGUGGUGCAUUGUAGUUCACUGAAA